GAGUGUCCUCCUCACCACAGAGUUACACACACACACACAUACACACAUACACACAGAGUGAGAGAGAGAGAGAGAGAAAGGCGGCAGCCAGAAGCAAAGUGGUGACUGGUGCGAUCAGAAGGACAGCAGAGCGGGACAGGAGGCGCACAGGCAACAUCAGGUGACCAGAGCGGCCUCGAGAAGGAGAGACUGAGUGAAUGAAGAGAGGGGGAGGGAGAGGAGAGAGUGACAGCAGAGAGGGAGGAAGCCAGCAGCGACCUCCUACCCGACAAACUCCACAGCAAACCCAUAAAAUGAAUUCAGACUCCAGCCCGAGCAGCAGAGCCUCUUCACCGGACAUGGACGGCAUGUUUCUCCGCGACCACCACCACCCGCACCACCAUCACCACCACCACCACCACCACGUGGGCUCGUCUGUCACUUCCUCCACGCAGAGCGGCGAGCAGCAGCGCCAGAAGAUGACCGCCGCAGAGCUCCUGCGCUCUGGAGACGCCAAGUCCGCGUCCGUGGGAAGCAGCAGCAGCAGCAGCAGCAGCAGCAGCAGCAGCAGCAGCAACAAGUACAAGCUGAAGAAGCAGGUCACCGAGGAGGAGAUGUACCAGCUCAGGCUCAAGAUUAACGGCCGCGAGCGGAAGCGCAUGCACGACCUAAACCUGGCCAUGGACGGGCUGCGCGAGGUGAUGCCCUACGCGCACGGGCCUUCGGUGCGGAAGCUGUCCAAGAUCGCCACGCUGCUCCUGGCCAGGAACUACAUCCUGAUGCUCACCAGCUCCUUGGACGAGAUGAAGCGGCUGGUGGGGGAGAUUUACGGCGGGCAGCACUCCGCCUUCCACUGCGGCACGGUGGCGCACGCUGCCGGCGGCGCAGGUGCGCACUCCGGUGGCCCCGCAGCAGCCGCAGCUGCCGCCGCCGCCGCCGCCGCGGCCGCCGCGCACCAGGUGCACCCUCUCCUCGGGAGCGCGCUGUCCUCCUCCACGUCCUCCACCUUGUCCGGCGCGCUGCCGGGGCUCACGUCCAUCAGGGCGCCCCACGCGCUGAUGAAGGGCUCCCCGGCGGCGCCCCCGGCCCUGCAGCUGGGCUCCGGCUUCCAGCACUGGGCCGGACUGCCGUGUCCCUGCACCAUCUGCCAGGUGCCCCCUCCUCCUCCGCACAUCCCCAUCACCUCCACGGGCCUCACGAGACUCACAGGGGAGGGGAAGGACGGCAUGAAAUGAUACCUGAGCUGCCAGCAGAGACAGAGAAAUCAAACAUUUGUAAAUAAACAAUUCAGGGCAUGAGGGGGGAUUUGGACAUUUUGCCUCACCGCAUGUUGUUGUUUAGUCUGUUUUCAUGUUAAACGUAUGAGAAAAAAAUAAUUUCCCUCCUUGUAACAAGGACUUUUAUCCUCAUUUUUGCCACUUGAAGGUAAAAAAAAGGCGCAACCAGAUUUUUUCCUCCUGUGAUUGAAUUKAAUUUCACACAAUGUGAAAUAGGAGGCUGCAUGAGCGCUCUUUGUUUUUCAUUAUUUUGUGAAAAGGAAAACUGUUUUCUGUGCCUUGUACCAAGGAUGUGAAACUUAUCAAAYUCUUCUCAAACGGUUUUAUUCGGACAGAGACGACUUUUGCCGCGUUUUUAGAUUUAUUUGAACCGCGCGGCUCAUCUUUCUGUCUGUUUCUGCGGAAUUUAAAAUUCAUAAAAGUUGUUUUUUUUUCCUUGCAUGUUGGUAAAAAAAAAAUGAUCACAGCAUGACUGUUUGAGUUUGCCCAGAGACGCUGUUUAUUUUUGUACAUUGUUGAUGAUUAAAUAAAAAAAAAGGAAAAAUAUUUAUUAUCACAGCGUCGCU